GGGGUCCACUUGUUUUCAAACUCUGAUGGAGGGAAGAAACUGAGGCUCCUUUUUUCCCUGAACCUUAAAUUCCCCCCUCCCUAAUACCCCCUGUUUUCUUUAGUCCCUUUCUUUCUUUCUUUCUCUCUGCUUUCCUCCUCCUUCUCUCUUAUUUGGCCAUCUUGCUCUCACGGUCCAGAAGGAAGAGUUCUCGCUCUGGGUCCCUCUGUCAGCACUCAUGUCUCAUUUGAUUAAAUCGUUCUUUCUCAUCCUCCUCCUCUUCUGUGUCUUCGUUUCGUCGUCCGAAGCGAAGAGGAAGACGAAGCAGAAGUCCGGUGAGGACAAAACCCUGAGCUCGGGAGAGCUGAGCACUAAAAAUGGCGACCGCUGCACCUGGCAAACUCGAGAAGGCAAAAACAACAUGGUGCUCCAGGUCAAAUGCUCCACCCCCUCUGAGGAGGAGGGGCUUAAGUCUACAGAUUACGAAUGCCAGUUUACGGGAAAACCCCACGAAUGCCCCGCCUUUGGAGACAAACCCGCGCAGUACUGGAAGCAGGUUUUAGGGAAGCUGAAAAAGCGUCAAUCUGCCUGUGAAGGGAAAAUGCUGAGAGCUACGAUGUGCCAAAAAGCUCCGAACUCAGCCCACAUGAAACUGGUGAGGGAAAAGACAAGCACAAGCAGAAAGGAAGGAGAGAAGGAGGAGAAGAAAGACGAGGAGAUGAUGGGUGACGAAGGGAAGUCGGACGGUGUAGCAGAAACGGCGAGCUACUGCGCAGAAGGAUGGGAUCCCCUCUGCCACUUCCUCACAAAGGUUCUGUAAAGAAAUAAUAAAAGCUACAGCUGAUCGAUCGCUCGCUCACACCACCUUAAAUAUACACUCACACUGACACGUCUCUGUGUAGCGUGUUUACACCGUCAGAAAUCAGCGCUGUGAGGAAAACAAUCAGCUACAAGCCGCUGAGGAAAAACUAGCAUGAAAUAUCAGCAUUAGAGCUGAACAUUAGCAAGAAAUUUCCUUUCUCUCUUUUUAAAAAUGUUAAACAAAAAUCUUCUGUUUUGUUGUCGGUGUUUUUCCUGUUUUUUAAUUUCCUGUUGUAUAUUUUAUACAAAUUAGCAUCUGAGCUAACUAGUCGGGACUUAUUAGCGUUCUUUCUUGACUCACUGUGCUAGUCCAACAAGAUUGAUACCAUGUUUUUCUCAGCCGCAGAGGAUCAGAUGUUUACCCACGAUGCACCAGGAGAGUUCGUUUUGCUGUGUUAUUAAAAAGAAAAAGAAAAACUUUAGAUAAAGUUCAACUGAAUUUACCUGAGGGAAUACGAUUAGCUUCCCUAUUUCUUCUAUCAGAAUUUAGCUGUGUUGAUUUAUAUAGCGCAUGCUAAUCGCUAAAUAGCAUAUUAGCUAACAGGCUACAUUAGCUAACAGGCUACAUUAGCUAACAGGCUACAUUAGCACGAAGCCCACAGCACUUUUUAACCGUUUGAAUUAAUCCGUUUGUAGUGAUAUGUUAUUGUUUGGAAUACAGCGCUAAGCUAACACCUUUAGAACAGGAAGUUAGCAUGCUACGCAAUCUUAUAUAAUUAGCAUAGCGUAGCAUUUCUGUAAUUAUUUUUGUGUGUGUAGAGUUUUGACUAAAUGAUUCAAGUCUGUAAUUCUUUUCUAAUAAACUCUCAGUUAAAGAC